AAUUUGCAAGAAACGUUAUUGCGUUCGCCUUAAUACGUUCUCAUGUAAGUGCUUGGAUCAGAAUCCAACUUGUUCGCGAUGCUGUUUACCGUCGCCCAUUUCAAAUACGGAUUAGCAGAGGACACCGUAAAACCGUUGAUGCCUUGUUAGCCGUUAAGUGUAGACAUAACCUUGUCUAACAGCGUCCUUAUUGCAGUUAUUCGAAGUAGUCUUUUGGCAUUUAAAGUGUUGCUUGAAUUACAAAAUUCACCGACAUCAUAACACAGUGUUUGUGAUGUCGUGGUAGAAUAGCAAAGAACAAGAUACGCUAACAAUGGAUCCAGCAACAGUAAUUGCUCUCUGCAAAGAAAAUAUUCAACCAUUACGACAUGGGAGAAAUGCAACACAGUUGGGAACAGCUCUUAGAGCUCAAGAGGAUGCUGAUGCUCAACAGUUACUUCUUGAAGAGAAACAAAUGUAUGAGGAUGCAAUAAAAAACUAUGACGGUGAUGACCCAUUGGAGAAUUGGUAUGAAUAUAUUCUCUGGGUAGAACAGAGUUAUCCAAAAAGUGGUCAUGAAUCUGAUAUAGGCAAACUUUUGGAGCAAUGUUUAUCCACUUUUGAGAAAGAAACCAAAUAUCAUCAGGACCGUAGAUAUAUUCGAUUAUGGAUCAAUUAUAUAAGUAUGCAGAAGAAUCCUCUUGAAUUAUACCAGCUUUUGCAAAAUAAUGGUAUUGGAACAAUGGUAGCAGAUAUGUAUAGAGCAUGGGCGUUUGAAUUAGAACAAAGUGAAGAUUUCAAAAGAGCUGAUGAAGUUUAUGUAAUGGGAAUAGCAGCUCGUGCUCAGCCUCUGGGUGAAUUAACUUUUGCCCAUCAAAAUUUUCAGCUUGCUGUAGGUCGCAGAACACUUGGUCGUACCGAUGAUAGAGGUGAAAUUUCACUAGCAGAACAGAGACAAGCAUUCAGUUCAUUGCGCGCUAUUCGAGCAGGAAAAAAGGUUGGCAGUAUACGAACUGGGCAUCGAGUACGUGAUCAUCUUCCUGGCGUAGUGCCUCAGGGUGGUCCAGUACAUCAUGCCCCGAGAGGAAAUUCUAGAAUACAAAUAUAUCAGGACGAUACAUUGGGAGGAGAUAUCAAAGCCACAAGUAUACUAGAUCAUGUUCCUGUAGAGGAAGUAGUGCAUAAAGAAAAUACUAUCAAGGCCGGUCCGUGGAGUAAUGCGUCCAAAAAAUGCCCAAUUAUGACCUCGACUGUCAAACCAGCUUUCAAAGUUCACGAAGAUCAAAUAGAUAACAAUAGCGAUUCAGAUAAGUUGCGACUGUUUUCAAAUCAUACGUCAUUUUUUGAUGGAAGCAAGUACUCGGAGCAUUUGAUAAUACCUGUAUUUGUACCAGAUCCACCUAAUCCUAGUGUCAUACGAAAAGUUCAUUAUCCCAAAGAAUUAGUUUAUGCCAAUAAUAUGGAUCGUAGCAUGGAAGAGAUAAAGGCUCAAGCAUAUUUAGAAAGUAGAGCUAAAGCUCUUACAGAAAAACAACAUAUGCAAGAGUCUCAAUUAAUCGACGAGAAACGGAACGGACAUCCAAGUCAAUGUGUGUUAGAAAGUCAGGAUCUCGAAACAGAACAACGGGAGAUGGAACAACAGAGACUCGAAGUGGAGCAGCGUAGAAGAGAAGCCGAGCAGCGAGAAUUAGAAAUACAAAGAAGAGAGGCCGAGCAUUGCGAACUAAGAAGGCAGAGAUACGAAACUAUACAACGGGAACUCGAGAGAUUAGAGAGAGAGAGAUUAGAAGCUGAAAGAAUAGAAGCUGAACGUAUUGAAGCUGAAAGAAUCGAGGCACAGCGUAUGGAAGCAGAAUUGAGUAGACAGCAGAAAAUGCAAUCAACCAGUUAUCUUCAUCAACAUCAUACAUCUGCUGAUCCCGAGGACCACUUGUUGGGUCAAAGUUUGACUGUCAACACCAAGGAGGCAAUGUCAGUUGUUCAGGAUCUAUGGCAUUCUUCUGACACUCGUACAGAAAGUCCUCUGAUUGGUGGAAUGGCCCAUAGAAUUUCAGAUUCCAGGCCAAAAAUUUCAUUUGAUAUACAUAUGGAUAGUUCCAUGACGCAGCAUGCAAUAUCAAGCAAUAAGCACCUUCCUGGAUACAAUAUUCAACCAUACAAUGAUCAAGAGAAUCAUCAUUAUCCAGCACCGUACACGAAUCAGGAGCACCAAUCACCUUAUGCAAAUCAUGGUUAUCCAAAUGCUUAUCACUUUCCAAUGCAUCACGAACAACACGUUCAACCUCAUAGACAACAUCACCCUCAACAUAUUCCAUCACCACAUCAACCACCUCAGCAACCACAUCAUCCACAGGCACAUAUCGCUCCGCAGCAUCACCAUGUUUCUCCACAUGUACAACAUCAACAGCAUCAGCAGCAUCAUGUAUAUGCAAAUAUCUCACCGAGUACUAUGGGAUAUCAACCGUAUCACUCUUCAAUGCAUUCGUCAUCGUCAUCUCAUCACACUGUAGAUCAUCAAAAACAAUUACAUUUUACACCAUACAUUGAACCCGAAGCAGAAACAAAUAAACCCUACAGAAUGCCUUCGGAACUACCAUUCAUAAAGUCACCAGGAAUGAACCGAAGAGACUUGAAGUACCUUGAAGAUGCUAAAGAUAAAGAGAAUGCUAUUGCUGUAGAUUAUAAUGAACCAGUAGAAGAGAAUGCUCCUAAACAACCUGAAGAGAAUAAUUUAUACAUCGAUGAGAGUCUUGGGAUAGCCCCUUUGUCCAGUGUUAAUGACACAUGUUUUACUCAAGAGUUUAAUACUCAAUUAACUAGUUCCACUCCGAUGACUAAUCACUUUAGACAACCCUAUCGGUUAAAGGAUUCAGGUUCAUAUCAAGGCAGCGUACCAUCACAAACAAUAUCAGAAGUACGUGCCAGCGAGACGGAUGAUAAACUGAGUGUUAUAAUGGAAUCUACUAGAGAAUAUAUUUCUAGUAGUUCCGGAAGUACUGUUCAUACACGAACUGCAGGUUUAGGUUUUACAUUGACCCGAGAAGACAUGUUGCGCAUCAAUGGGCAAUCUACCAGUGAAGGGAUGGAGUCAACUGAAUCUCUGCUGGCAGCGAAUCAGUCGUACGAACAAAAAAUGCGAGCUCAAAUUCAAGCUGUUCAUGCCCAGAGUCCACGUACGGUCCAGCGAAACGUCGAUGAGAUAACAUCAGAAAUAAAGAAUAAUUGUGAUCUUAGGAAAUCCAUUAGCUUUAAAAUAAACAAUGAGAAAUUGACCGAAGCCAAAGAUUUCUCAAUGGAUUGCGAAGAGCAUGAACCAAUGGAACAAGUGGAGGACGAAAAUUUCGAAUUACCAAGUGGCGAUAUUAAUCCAUUUGAUAAAAGCUUGAUCGCUGGACUUUUAAAGAAGAUCAAAUUUCCACAGCCGUAUCAUGCAGAAGGAUACGUGAGAUUAGAUACCAAUCUGAUGAAAUUUGUGCCUUCUACUACCGUUACGCUUGGUACGGAUGCAUAUGAGAUAGAAAAGUGCCUUGGGAAAGGAACAUAUGGAACUGUAUUUAAAGCAGUGAGUUUGAAAACCGGUCAAACGGUUGCAUUAAAGACUCAGAAACCGGCAUGGGUUUGGGAAUAUUACAUAGCAAAAGAAGUAAAGAGUCGACUUACCAAUCCCCAUAUGCUACGUGGCUUCAUGGACAUAACGCAGGCAUAUGUAGCGAACAAUACAAGCGUUUUGGUUUCUGACUUCUCAAAAUACGGAACGCUUCUAGCCGUAACGAAUCAAGUUAAAAUUGUCACGGGUAGAGCUUUGUGCGAAGCUCUUGCUAUAUUUUUCACUAUUGAAAUGCUACAGAUAGUAGAGUAUCUACAUAAAUGCCAAAUUAUACAUGGUGAUAUUAAACCUGAUAAUUUUCUAUUGAUGCAUUUACCAACAGAGGAUGUCCGACCAACGAUACAACUGAUAGACUUCGGAUGCAGUAUAGAUAUGAGUCUAUUACCUGAAGAUACCAAAUUUACUCAAGUCAUUAAAACAGAGGACUUCACUUGCAUAGAAAUGCAAACCGGAAGGCCUUGGACUUAUCAAACAGACUUAUAUUGUCUUGCUGCGUCAAGCCAUUGCCUUCUCUUUGGUAAUUACAUGCGAGUAUCCAACACUGCUGGUCGCUGGUUUAUCAACACAAAACUGCCCAGAUACAUGAAGAAAGCUAUGUGGGAAAAAUACUUUACUGAACUAUUGAACAUCGAGUCGUGCGAUAAAAUGCCAGAUUUAGCUAAAUUGCGCAACGUGCUGGAAGAGAUAUUGCCUCAGAUCUCAGAACUACGAUCAGCGAUUAGAUGCUUUUCCAAUAUACUUAACAAACGAUAACGCUUACUAAACUUCAACCAAUCGUCGUUAUGUCCCCCAGUGUGCACAUACUUAGCGAAGAACCAACAAUUAAUAAAAGAAAUUAAUAUUA